AUGAAUGCUAAGCAACAAUUAAUAGGCGACGAAUUGGAUUCUUAUUUUAAUGAUUGUGUGAAGCGACAUAAUGGACCUUCAAUGGGAUUAAAUGGAAUGCGUUCAAUAGCUAACACAUACAAUGUAACAAACAGAAAUUGGAAUAGGAAUGAAAUGAAUAGCAAAAAUAAUGAUAAUGUAAUUAUGAGACCUAAAAAGUUAAAGGAUGUUCAAGAAAAGCAGCAACAAAGGCUGAUACGAUAUCGACCAGUAAGUACGGCUAAUUCAUAUGCUUCUUCACUUGCAUCAUCCGGUAUGACCGAUAUCAGAUGGCGUAACUCACGUGCUUCCCCAUGUUCAUCACUGUCAACUAGCUGUCAACAUAUCCAUGAAUCGCCUAAUUUGUGGAAAUAUGAAGGAUAUUUGGAAGAAGAAAAAGCUCUAAUUAACCGUGGCCUAGAAACUGCGAAACGAUUGACUGGUUGGUAUUGUGAACGCUUGAAAAGUGUGCAAAAACGGAGCAGUCUAUUGGAUCGAGGAUUGGUACCUGUUGAUGGAGCUAUACAUGAAGAAAAACUGAAUUAUCUCCGUGCGCAUAUUGCCGAACUCAAUAGACGAAUAACAUCACUGAUAGAAAGCAAUGAUCAUUCUUUUCCAACACAUUCUAAUUUGCAGGUGAAAACACAAAUGCCACAACCGAGCGAUGAUCAUAGUCAAUACUAUAGACGACAAAAUAUCAAAUUAUGUCAGGAAUUGGCUGAUAAAAAUCUUUUAAUUGAACGACUUCUCAGUGAGAAGACUGAAAACAAUAAAGAACAUGGUAGCGCUUUUCGAAAAGUUGAACCAAAAAGGUUGACAUCGACAAUAACAAACACUGAAAGGAAGAAUCAUCACGCUCAAUCACAUUCAUGGAUACCAUCGGAAGGAACAUUAAUGUGA